GGGAGCUUCCUGCUGGUUGCGCCCUCCCUUCCCGCCCUGCCCCGCGCGGCGGCCGCGGCUCCCCGGAAGACGGCGGCGAGCGGAGGUAGCUUGUGGAUUGCAGGUCAGGAGCCACGUACCUGACCUGAGCGGCACUCUUUCCUGCAGCCCUUGCCCCUCACCCGAGGAGGAAAAGCAGUUCUCGCGCAUUUGACGACCCCGCGGGGAUCAGACCUGGCCAGCGGCUCCCCCGGAGGACUGUGGUGGAAGGCGCCGAUGGAGGGAGAUCCCCGGACUCUCUAAGGGCCUCUGUGGUGCUUGGGCUUUUCGUCACCAGGGAACAUUUGGUGCUUCUGCUCUCGUGAUGUGAGAGGCUUUUGAAGUCUGUUUUGCUAGAAGCUUGUUUCUGAAAGACUAGAAAGGAAUCAAGAACACAAUGACCACUUUGGAUGAUAAACUACUUGGUGAGAAGCUCCAGUAUUAUUACAGCAGCAGUGAGGGUGAGGAUGAAGACAGUGAGAAAGAAGACAAAGAUGGGGAGAGCACCCUUCCUGAAAGCGUUGGGGAAGUGGAGCUUAGCAGUGAUGGCAGUGCCAUCAACACAGGUCCAAAAGGCGUCAUCAACGAUUGGCGAAGAUUUAAACAAUUGGAGACAGAACAGCGACAGGAGCAGCGCAGAGAAAUGGAACGACUCAUAAAAAAGUUAUCUAUGACAUGUAGAUCUCACUUGGAUGAAGAAGCUGAUAAGCAGAAGCAGAAGGAGCUUCAGGAAAAAAUCAAUGGAAAGAUGACAUUGCAAGAGUAUAACAUGAUUCACAAUGAUGAAGAUGAUGAGGAAUUUUUACAGCGAUACAGGAAUCAGCGAAUGGAGGAGAUGAGGCAGCAGUUAUACAGUGGGCAGCAAUUUAAACAGGUUUUUGAGAUUACCAGUGGGGAAGCAUUUUUGGACACAGUUGAUAAAGAGCAUAAGAGCACACUGAUCAUGAUCCAUAUUUAUGAAGAUGAUAUCCCUGGUACUGAGUCCCUGAACGGCUGUAUGAUCUGCCUGGCUGCUGAGUAUCCAACAGUUAAAUUUUGCCGAGUAAAGAGUUCACUCAUUGGUGCCAGCACUCGCUUUACUAAUAACGCUCUGCCAGCUUUGCUGAUCUAUAAGGCAGGUGAGCUCAUCGGCAAUUUUGUGCGAAUCACUGACCAGCUUGGAGAAGAUUUUUUUGCUGUAGACCUGGAGGCUUUUUUGCAGGAAUGUGGUCUGCUUCCAGAAAAAGACCUAGUGCUUCUGACUUCUAUACAUAAUCCAUCUGCAUGUUACAGUGAAGACAGUGAUCUGGAAAUAGACUGAACCAAUUAUACCAAGGGGCCAGUAGGUUUAGCUGUACUGUGGGUUGUUCUUGUGCUAGAGAUUGUUCUCUUUCUUUCUUUGUGUUGAUAUGUUAUUCUUCCCCUCCAAGCACUUUGACUUUUGCUCGUUAAAAUUUUGUUAAGAAUAACAUAAGGAAUUCCUAACAUUUUCCUAAAUUAAUUUAAUAAAGUGUACACCAAAACUGUCUAGCUUUUAUGCAAUUCAAAUGUAUUUUACUAAAUAUAAAGUUAUAAUUCAGUAAAUUUAGUGAAUUGUGUAUUAUAUUCUCAUUCUGUUCUCCAAAGCACUUAGAUUUUCUAACCAUUUUUGUGUCAGAUCAGCUAUGUAUGGUGAGUCUCCUUAAAGGUUUGCUGAAGCAGCAUAUGAGAAUACCAGUUGAGAUCAGGAUGUGGUACCUACUCACUAAGACAAGGAUUAAGACCACAAAUUAAGAAGUUCUUAAGCAUUCAAGACUUUUACUAAUCUGGAGCUGACCUGCUGCCAGUGAGUUAAGAGUGCAAAAUCCUGUCUUCUGUUCCCUGAUUUGUAGGCCCCUUCUUGGCAGCACUGUUGUUGUAACUGUUGUUACUGUUGUUCCUUUCUCACUUACAAAUAACCACAGCUCCUGACAUCAUCCUGAAAAUUACUUGUCAGCUGGAGAGGGUUCAUCUUUCCUUUAUCUUGCCAGAGACUUAAAUGAGGAAAAUCUUUCUUCAGUUACAGUUAUUAAUACAUUCUUGGGCUUUUAAAAUACCCACCCUUAGAGGGCAUAGCGCUUACGCAAGCAGAAAAUUAUUUCUGCCUCAUAAGAGGGAGACCAUCUAUAAAAGCAGUCUGUAAAGAGCUCUAACAUGCGUGCUGAAUAGCGUCAAGGAGAAUUUUGUUGGCAAAAUGUUGAAUUAGGACUUGAUAGCGUCAGAAUUUCACUUAGUAUCUGUAAUAUUCUCUAAAACUAUUAAAUCAGUGCUAAAAUUAAUUUUUGUCUGCCUUCAUAUUAUCUGCUUCAGCUGAGCUGUGAGAUGCAUUUUGAAUGUUAAUAACCCCCGGACCUGACAGAUGACUGAAAGGCUUUGUGGGAAAUCAGCCUUGAGCCAGUAAACAGACUGGCUCGCUAAUACAGGUGUUCAGUAGCAGGCCCCUUUUUCCACAGCUCCUUCCUCGUCUGAAGCUCAGUAUCUAGAUUCUGCACAGAAUGUUCAGCUGGAUCAAAAAUGUCACUAUCCUGUUUUGCCUCUGAUGCCAGCUCUUUGGGAGUCUAUUUUUGUACAAUACAUCAGUGGAGUUCACUGAACACAGAAAAAAAUCUUGUAGGGUGGGAGUGAAACCUCUGAGGAGAUCUUGCAGUUUUUUCCUCUGUCUUUUGUUACAAAGAACAAAGGCCUUUUUAAAAGCAUCCCCACUGCGGUUUCAGUUGCCCAGCAACCAGGGUCCAAAAGUUCUCAUCUUCCCCCAAAACACAGGGCAGCUCCCACUUCAGGAAACAGAAAAAGGGCAUGUAGCAUUGCCUGAGCCCAUUUGUUUCUUCAUGAUCGUUACUGCUACUGAAUGCUACAACUGUAUAUUAUGCUUCCCUCCUGCAGCAUCUUUGUCAUAAUUUGUCAUUGAUCACACCUUUAUUAAAGUGUUUAUUUUGUUUGUGCUCUACUUACUUCAUAGAUUAGAUCAUAGUAUAGGGAAGUAAGUUUCAGGGUUUCUAAUAUAUUAUAGUUCCCCCUGCUUCCACCAAGUCUCGUACUACACCGGUGUAAGAUAUCCCAGUAGCAUUAGAAACCAUUAGCAGUUUAUAGUGAACACGUGCAUAAAAACCUAGGAUGAUGCAGAGCAAGGCAAAGGCUUUACUGGCCGGAUCGUGGUGUGGCCGAUUCAGUGCCCCUAGCACACGUGAGCAUGUGGAAUAGAGGUGCUGUACGCUUCGCUCUUACUGAGUUACGUGUCUUUUACGUACUUAAACGGUUAUUUCAACAUAAGUUUGCUUUCUCUUGCAUUACUUACUUUGCUUGUUAUUUUUUUAAUUUUAAGGAAAGUAGACUAUAGUUACCUAAAUAUGUUACCCAAUUUAAUGUUAUGUUUAAUGAUUAAACUUAAUUGCAAGUUUUGUGUAAGACACUUGGGAACACUGGGAAGAAAUGUGAAUGUCUGUAUAUGCAUUAGAUUCAUAAUAAGAAUAUAUCUUAGGAUAGAAAAGGAAGAGUUGGCUCUAAUUAUAUCUAUUUGAACUGUGUUUUAAAAAGUAGUAUAAGCACAAAGAUAAAUAAUUUGUAGUUAAAAAUCGUUGUAUUGGCACAAGUUGUAGCUAUUUUAAGGAAACUGGAAGAAAACCAGAGUUAAAAUGUUCUAAGAGAUUAUUUCUUUCCAUCUCAGAAUUGCAGAAAAGAACAUGAAAGUUAAAUGAAAUUAAAUCAUUGAGCGUGGGUAUCAGCAUUUUUAAGGAAAAAAAAUCAAAGUAGCCAUAAUUCAUAUUCAGGCUGAGAUACAGUGAAGUCUGCUGUGCAGACAGGGGGCAUAUUAGCAUCAUAAUAAAACCUGGCUUGGGGGGUGGGGGGGAGCUGACUGCUUGAAUUGCUUUGAAGUUUUAUGUUUAUAAAGUGCUUUUUUCCCUACAUGGGAGCAAAGCUGUAAUAGGAUCAAAACCUCUCCUGCUGCUCUGUGUCAGGUGGCCUGCAGCAAGGUGACCCCCCGCUUAUUAAUGUGCGGUGCUAAGAUGUGUGAUAGAUGAUUGACAGUGCUAAUAGCAAAAAAAAAAAAAAAAACCCAAAAAACAAAAAGGGGCGGGGGAAGAAGGUCCAAAUGCGAUUAAUCAUUGUUCUGGAAGAACAUAAUAAGCAGAAGGGAGAGAAGGGUGGAGAGAUGAUGUAUUAUGAUGCUGCUUUUCUUAACACAGACCCAAACGCCCGGAGGCGUCGCAGGCUGCCGCAGAGAAGCGGCACUGGCCGAGCUGGGCAGCACUGCCGUUGCUUUUGUGAGUGAAGCUGAAUUCUUCCAAACUGGCCAAGUAGUAAUUGUGCCCUAAGGAAAACCAGCAUUUUUAAUGUGCAUUAAAAAUAUAAUAAAACUAAUUUUAGGAUAGGUUAGUAUUAGUUUGUUAGCGUCUGACCCCUACCCAGUCAAUACCAAUAGGAACUACAACUCAUACUAAGGUUGUAUCUGUCAAUAUGUUGGUCAAAGGACUAAAGUCUGCUUUACUUGUUUAAUUUUAGAUGUGGUCUUGACCUGCAGAUUAACAAUUAGGUUGUAUUUAUAUAUGCAUAUGAAGACUGAGAUGAAAUUGUAUGAACACCUGCAUAAAAUAAAUCGGUUCUGAAACAUCCA